AUGCGGGAAAAACAUAAGCUUAGUGGAUAUUUUUUGAUUUUGGACAAAAAAUCAAACCGGUGGAAUAACUUUGCUGUUUGUAUGGAUUGUAUUCGAGUAUUGGGACUUGAUGAAGCUCAGAAGCAAAAAUUCAUAAAUACAAAACGUACAUGUGCAAAGCAUCUUGAAGUUUGUCCAUAUUUUGCUGAAAAGCAUACUAAAGAGGAAAUCACAAAUAUUAUUAAUGAAGCAUCGAUUCAUGGAUCUAAAAAAAACAAUAAGCGACAAUAUGUAAUAAAUGAAACAUCCGAUGGUGAAAAGGAAGAAUUUAACAAGUUCGGGACCUCAAAUCUCAAUAAUUUUUUUUAUAAAUCUCCAUCCAUUACAAGAAGCCAUACAAGUGAAACUUCUAACAUAUCAUAUCAAAGUUUUGGUCCGCUUGAUAAUUAUAUGUAUCGUGAAUUAAAACCGGAACAGGUUGAUAUGUUUGAGCAUUUAAUAUUAAAUGUAACAGUAGCAUGUGGUUUACCAUUUAGUUGGGUUGAAAAUUCAGCAACUAAGUCUUUAUUUAAGUGGAUUAAUCCUAUGCUUCCUUUACCAA